AUGGAGGUGCCUGUGUCCCACCAGGAGCCCUGCUCUUCCCUCCAGGGUGGCCCCAGGGACCCGCCAGCCCCUCUCCACACACCUCUAGGGACUGCAGAGCUGCCAUCCCUGCCUUCCAUGAAGAUCUUGGAUCCACGUCAGUUAGAACCCAACAGCAUGGAGACAGAGAGAAUCGUGACUGUCUUGGAUGAGACAAUUGCCAAGCUGGAGCUGACCAGUUUAAUCCCACGUAUUAUCGACUCGCUGGACAGUUUUGGUGAUCUGCUGGGACCUGAGAUCACAAACAGCCUGAUCAAGCUCCAAAAGCUUUCGAAGGAACUGGAGCACCUGCUUGCCAGCUCUGAAGGGGACACCAGGAGAGAUGAGGAACAGCGGGGCUGUCUCUGCUUGUUAGAGCAACGUCUGAAAUGUUCUGUUAGAAAUGUCCUGAGACUCAUGCUGGCCAACCCUGCGCUUUGCCAGGCUCUGAAAUGCAAAGCCCGGGCGAGAGAGUCACCAGCUGAAGCCUUUAUCAAAGCCUUUGGGGAGUUCAGGAGUUUCAUGCUUGAGAGAUUCCUGACUAGUCCCAUGGAAGAGGAAGAGAGGAUUAAGUUCAUGGAAGACAUCUCCCUCCGGAUUAAGAAAAACACAGAAGCAAUCAGAGCUUUCCAGGCAGAACUGGCAGCAGCAAUCCGGACUCAAGAGGAGGAGAUUCAGAAGAAGGACAAUGCCAUCAAAAACCUCAAAACCAGCAUACAAGAUCUGACCCAAGAUUGCAAGGCUGGCAUCCAGCAGAUCAAGGAGGAAGGAGAAAUACAGCAAAAAGAGGAGCGACAAGCCUCCUGGGCGAGGUGUGCCAGGCUACAGCAGGACAUUCAGGAGCUGGGAAAUCAGCUCCAUACCCUUGUACUGGAGCAUCGAGCAUCAGAGCUGGCUCUCAGAAAGAGGAACUGCAGAGUGGAGACAGAAAUUGUGAACUGGAUCCAGAAAUAUGACACAGACAUGGAAGAAAAACAG